GUGUCGCGCUCUCUUGUUCCUCGCUGCUUUUUCUUCUCCUCGCUCUCCUACUUCUUGUCGCUGAUCUUCCUGUCUCAUCAUCGCAGGCACGUCAUAAGCCUUUUACUAAAAAGAUUGGCAGCGCUGCCACAUUUUCAAAGGGAAUCGGUGGCAGUGCUGCCACCUCCCUCUUGUAUUUAAAGUCAGCGCGCUCCCGCUCCCCUUUGCCGCAACGCGGAGGGGAGUGCGCGCACUUCGGGCGCCCGUUUCACCUUGUGAAACCAUUCACCCCCGCCCACGUCCCUAAAGUAUCCUUUUCCCUUCCUUAA